AUGAGUUUAGAGGAUAAAUUAACGAACAUGUCAUUGUACGACGCCAAGAAGUAUUUCCGUAAGGCUCAAAAUGUUGUAUUUAAUUACACUGAGAUGGAGGGAAAGGUCCGUGAAGCGACCAAUAACGAACCAUGGGGUGCCUCGUCUACUUUAAUGGACCAGAUUUCUCAAGGUACGUAUAAUUUCAGAGAAAGAGAAGAAAUUUUGUCCAUGAUAUUCAGAAGGUUUACCGAAAAGGCAGGUAGUGAAUGGAGACAAAUUUAUAAGGCCUUACAAUUGCUCGAUUACCUUAUUAAACAUGGUUCAGAAAGAUUUAUUGACGAUACAAGGAAUAGUAUCAAUUUAAUCAGAAUUUUAGAGACUUUUCAUUAUAUCGAUUCCCAGGGAAGAGAUCAAGGUAUCAAUGUCAGAACCAGAGUUAAAGCUUUGAUUGAUUUAUUGAGCGACGACAAUAAAAUACGUGCUGAAAGAAAAAAAGCAAGGGAAACAGCCAAGAAGUAUAAAGGUGUUGCUGGAGGAUCAGCCUCUGCUGAUGGUAGCUUGAAUUCCAAGGCGGGUUUCGCUUCAACGAAAGUGCACGGUAUUAGCGUGAGUGCUGAUUUUGAUAGUGACAAUGAAGACGAUGAAGACUACUCCUCCAGGGGAAACGGCUAUAGUGACAAUGGUUCAAGAGCCACGUCAGCUCCUCAGGAAGGAAAACAGGAAGUGGAGGAUUUUGUUGACUUCUUUUCUAACGGCCCUUCACAACCAUCGAAAGAACUUAUACAAGAAAAUGACAAAGAUGAAAAUGAAGAAGAAGACGAUGAAGAUGAAUUCUCUGAAUUUCAAAGUGCUGUACCUGUUACCAAUCCCGCCAAUUCUUUUGACUUAUUAAACUCCAAUCCAAUCGGUACUACUGCUGCUGCUGCCAACUCGAUGUUAUUUUACAACAGCUCCACUACCAGUCAAAAUAAUAUUACCCCGGCAAUUGCUGAACCUAAAAAAGUAGAUCCUUUUAGUUCACUGUUUUCAACUGCGAAGGCAUCUUCAGAAACACCCAGUACUUUCAACCCAUCUCAAACGAAUGCCUUAACCUCAAAUCUUGUAUCUAACAGUACAAUUGCAUCAAAUACGGACCAUGAUGACGAUGAUGACGAAUUCGGUGAAAUGCAUGGCGGAGCUGUUCAACAACAAGAAAAUAGUACCUUAAAUGAUACAUCUUCUAAAGAAAUCGAUCUACUUUCCUUCUAA